AGUUUUCAUGCAGGAUGUACAGCUUGACUAGGGGUGACCAGCGAGCAGACGGUAAACUGCGUUCUGAGAAGCAAAUCAUGGCACCACGCGUAUCAGUAGCUUGCAGUAAGACAAGGUUCGCGAUCGGACCUUGAACUGGCCACUUGGUUCUAGCACUCUAGCAACCUAAGCUUUUCCAGCUGGAUGGUUUCGUACCUUAGAUUCAUAUGACCCUCGGAAAAUACUCCACUUGUUGAGUUUUGACGUCCUAUCGACGGAUUCAUUAUCGACUUCCGUCAAAUUCGUCGGCGUUGGGUCUCGUCGGCCAGUCACCAGCCGCAGUCACGCGCCGUCAUCGGAACCGUCCAUCGUCGUCGCCGAACCAAAUCAUUCGGAUCAACCGUCGAUUCCAUUACCAGCCCGUCCAUGCCCUCCCCAGCGCCUGCUUCCGGCCUCGAUCGCCCGCAAUCCAAGGCUCGAUAGCUUCGGGCCAUUCUCGGGACUAGCGAGUUUAGCGAGUCGGGCGAAUCGAGCGAGUGUAGCAGGUCUAGCUGGCACGGGCUCUACUGAUACCCUGGAAAGGCACCUGCACGCCAUGCCGUACCGUCCGAUUCUGUCGCUGGCUGUCUUGUUGGCUGUGCUGCUGCUACUAACUCUCUCAGUCCGGCCUUCCCAGCAGCAGGAGGAGCAGCAGGCGCAGGAACCCCAGCGUUCCAGCACCCAGCACUACACUGACAACCCCUACAGCCUCAACUUCCGCCCCAGGGAUGGGGACGGAGAAGACGGCGGGGGAGAAGGUCCUUUCACCGGCGGCAGCAGCAGCAGCAGCGAGGGCAGCGGCAGCAGCAGUGGCGGCGGUGGCUUCAGCGGUAACGGCGGCAGCAGCAGCGGUUACAGCGGCGACGGGAGUACUCCCACCCACCCGCAGCAGCACGAUCCCGACCACCCAAAGCACGAGGAGGACGACGGCGAGUGGAGGGGCGAGCACAUGUUCACAGCAGAGGGGGAAUUCAUCCCACACCUGUCGGGGUAUGCCGAGGAGGAGCCAAUUUCAGAGGAGGGGUGCCGGGCGGCGGUGAACGCGUAUGUGGAGGAACAGCUGGCGCAGGGACCUCAGCCCCUUAAUCUCUCGGCCUCCAUGCAGCCGCGUAUCCAGCCGCUGCUGUUCUUCCUGCAUAUUCCGCGCACGGGAGGCAGGACAUACCACCUGUGCUUCCUCAAGCCAUUGUACCCACUCAACCUGCGCUGCCCUCGCUCGUACGACACCUUGCGACUCGACCCCUCCAACCCCGAGUGCCGCCUGCUGUCGACGCACAACGACUACUCGCUCAUGUCGCGCCUGCCCGCCGCGAGCACGAGCAUCAUCACCAACAUCCGCCACCCCGUGGACCGCCUCCUCAGCUCCUACGAGUUCACCCUCGAGACGGCCGCGCGCUCGCUGCGCUGGGUGCCGGGACUCAACCCCGGGCAGAAUCUGAUGAAGAUUAGGAGGCGGCAGCGGCAGCGCGUGUCGAAAGUGAGGAAGGCGGAGACGAGGAGGGUGUGGCCGUGGAGCAUGCUCAUCCCCCUCAUGGAGGACGACCUCUGGAUGCGCCGCCCCACGCUGGAGAUCCCCGCGGACCCCCCUGGCAGUGCGGGGCAGAACUCGUAUGAGAAGAGCCACCUGGUGAUGCCUCUGGACGAGUACGUGCAGCACCCUGCUGUCAUGGACCUGCUGCACAACGGCGCCACGUUCCAGGUGGCAGGCAUAACGCAGAACUCCCUGCUGCCCAACGCCCGCAUGCUGCGCCGCUGUGCGCAGGCCUACAGGGACUCGGGCGAACGCAUUCUGGACCUGGCAAAGGCGCGUCUGGCAGCUAUGCUGCAUGUGGGGCUCACGGAGGUGCACGAGCAGUCAGCAGUGCUCUUUGCUGCCACCAUCGGCCGCUCCAUGCACUCCGCUGCACACACCGCUCAAAAGCAGUCUGCGUUCGCGCUGUCUCUGUGGCAGAACUACAACCGCUGUGUGAAGAUGCAGCAGGACAAGUACAAGGCCAGGCGUGCGCAGGCCGUUGCUCUGCUGGGCCCGGUCAACUUCUCCCAUGAGGAGCGUGCGAGCAUCAAGAGCAGCACGCUGGCGCGCAUUCGCGAGCUCAACCACCUGGACGAGGAGCUGCUGGAUUAUUCACGCCAGCUGUACCAGCUGCACCAGGCUGCAUUCGCAGAGCAGAUCAAGGCGGUAGUUGGACAGGGGGCGAGGCGGAGACUGCUGCAACCAAGAGGAGCAACACACAUGAGCACAGGGGGAAUGGCGAGUGAUGGGAAUAACUUGGGUAUGGGCAUGGGCAUGGGCAUGUCGGAGCGCCGUCAGGGCUUUGACCCCGCGUGGCUGAGGCGGCAGGCACGCAGUGGCCGUGUAUUCCGGGAGGACGGUUCUGGUGAUCCCUUUGCUGCUGUUCGGAGCGAGGGGGGCGAGGAGGAGGGGACUGGGAAAGUGGGAGCCUGGAGUCGAGUGGGGAACAGGGAUCAGGAUGAGGAGGGGGAGGAGCGGGAGGAGGGAGAGGUGGGGGGUAGGAGUGGAAGCAGGGGGUACGACCGGCUUGGGUCUGAUGCAGUAGAGAUGAUGGAGGACGAUGAGAGUGGUACGGAGAGAGGGGGAGAGGAGGAGCAGGAUGGCGAUGUGGAGGACAGUAGGAUCGAAGGGGAGGAGGACGAGGGGGAGGAGGACGAGAGGGAGGAGGAGAGUGAGGAGGAGAGAGAUGAGGAGAGGGAGGAAGGAGGGGAGAGAGAGGCGAGGAGAGGAGUCAGGCAGGAACAAGAGCAUGAGGGGGUGGAAGUGGAGGGUAUUGAGGAGAGGAGUUGGGGGGGUAGAAGUGCGCAUGGGGAGGGAAACAAUGGAGUCAUGGGGCAUGGGAGAGUAGGGGUGGAUGAUGAGGAGCGUCCUGAGUCUGGUAGUCUUGUGACCCGCAUUGACGAUGCAAUGCCUUCGUUGGAUGAUGACUCGAGGCGAGAAGCCUUGGCGCCCAAUCUCAUGAAGAGCUCAAGUCGUUGCCAUCAACCUGCUGUUGACAGGGGAGAGGCUGGGGUGGUGGUGACAUGCAUUUCUGACUGAAAACACCUCUGCACGGCGGUACUACUUUUAGCUAGUCUGGGUGGGCUGCUGAACAUGAGAGUUUUGAAGCACUAGCUCUGAUGCACUUUUGAUUUCACAAGAUUGAAAAUCGUCAUUUGAUCUCCCAGUCUAGCGAAAGAAGAGGAGGCAAAGCGUUACCGAAAGCUUUACUAAUCCCGCGAGCAUACCGUACAUGUUGAUUGCUUAGGCCUAGGAUCGACCAAUAUCUAGAUGCUAGGCCAGCAAACUUAUAUGAUGCCAUGUAAAUUUCCAAAUGCCAACCAAUUCUGCUGGCCUUUUUCUUAGUCAGCAAAGGUGGUGGUAGCGGUUGAAGUACGGCUGGCGUGUAAUAAGUACUCCUGACAGCUCAGACCGCGAUCAGCAGGACCAGUUGCUUGCUCUUGCCUCACACCCAGCCAUUGAUCAGGAGGAAGCACCAACCCUAUCAUCUUCGAACAGGGACGAAGCGCUUUACGUGCAGAACAGGGGAGGGGGGGAGGGUCCUUCCAGCUCGUUCGUGCCUCGGGCGGAACUGCCAAUUGGAAGGAUGGAUGGAGCGAGCGAGGGAGUGGCACGACUCAGUGCGACCUUCACACACUGGUCGUGUCAGCGUGCGUGGCACGGUGACGUCCCCGUUAUGGCUCAGCUGCUAGGAGGCUGAUUGCACGGCUUCGAGCAACUGCACCAGCAAGGCAGGCCAGUGAGGGGAUUGUGGGUGGCGCAUGAGUGCCAUGACUACAGACCAGUCACAGGUUCGGACACCAUAUGCAAUCCACUAAUUAGUAAUAUAUUACAGGUUGCGCUCAUAAAUACACUAACGUUUG